AGAAUGCGGCUCGCGGAUUGGUUUAGGUGGUGAAGGGCCAUGGGCGGGGAUUUUGUCGCUUAUGGAAACCGAGUAUAAACAGUUCCAGCGUUACUGAGGAGUAAAAGAUGGAGAUGCUGCCGGAGGUCGAGCCUGAGCUGGAAGAAGCUGAGCUCCAGGAGGAGGAGGCAGAGCAGGAGGAGGAGGAGGGAGGAGAGGAUGGAGGUCUGAGCGAGUUACGGGAACUGGAGGAGACGCUGGCCAAAGUGCAGAUAGCCCCCUCAGCAGCCCAACUAUUGGAUCCGAAGGCUGAAGCGGACAGUUCAAAAUUGCCUGUCUCAUACAGGGAGAAUUCAGCUAAGGAGAAACUGCUGCAGACGAUGGCAGAUAACUUCAACUGCCAGUACUCUUAUCUCUACCCUGACCGCACACCACUGCUCCUCUGUCCUCUCAACGAGUGCGGAGUGCAGAAGUUUGUGAGCACCACACUUCGACCCACACUUUUACCCUACCCUGAGAUCUAUCACUGGCAGGGCUGUGCCAGUUUCAUCUCAGACUUCCUGUCCCUGCAACCACUGGAUCCUCCAGUUGACCUACCAAAAAAGCUGUGCUCUCCUACAUGGACCCUGCGGACUCAGAAAGGAACGUGCUUUGAGUUUUCCACCCUGCUGUGCAGUCUCCUGCUGGGUGCAGGCUACAACGCUUACUGUGUCAGCGGCUACGCUGUGAAGGAAAUGUGUCUUCUCAAUCAGAACCGCCAGGAAUGCCCAUUACUCAAACCCCAAGUCAAGAAGGCCGUAGUUCAACAAAAGGAGGAAAAGACGAAGUACACAGUGAAGCCCCCGCAUGACCUGUACAGCAGGUUUGAGAAGCGCCAGGAGCAGAAGAGACAGGAGGAAGCUCGUGUUGCUCUACUCAGCCAACAGCAGGAGGCCCAGAGACUGCAGGAGGAGCGUGAGCGCCCCCCUCCAGAUCCUCUCCUGGGAUUGCGGGUUCACUGCUGGGUGCUGGUUCUGUCUGGGAACAGAGAGGUUCCAGAGAAUUUCUUUAUUGAUCCGCUGGCAGGACAAAGUUACCCCACCACCAGUGAGAAGUUCCUGGGUAUCGAGAGCAUCUGGAACCAUCAGAAUUACUGGGUCAACAUGCAGGACUGCCGCUUCGGCUGCACGGAGAUGACUUUUGACCUGGGCAAUCCUGUAAAGUGGGAAUAUUUGUUGCGUGGCUCCACCAGCCACAACAUUCUUCUCAAUUCUGACACGAAGACCCAGAAUGAUCAGGAGGAUGAGGAGGAGGAGGAUGAGGAAACUGAAGAAGUGUUUGAGAUGCCUCCAUCUUGGGUAUCAAGGAUUCACAUCUCUCAAGAAGAUAUGGAAAGUCGUUAUCCUGGUGGCACAAAGCUUAUCCAGUACAGACAGGCGACGGUGGAGAAAUUUGCUCCUUAUCUUAUGAAGGAUGGACUGAUCACAAGGCUCACCACUUACAAUGACCUGGAUUGCACUCACCCUAACACAGUAACGGAGUGGUAUAAGGAUCGGCACGACCAUCUGGACGAGAGGGAACUGGAGAAGGCCACCGGUUUAACCACUGAACAUUUCAGACCAGGGAGGAGCUACGCCCUUAAAUGUCACAGAUACGUCACUCUGAUUCCUGAGACGGAGCGUCAGAUGGACUUCUACAGCCGCUUUCGGGUCGAUGACCUGGCCAGCAGAGUCGAGACACUUUCUGAAAUGACAGAAACCUUCGAAAACCGACCUGACUUCCUCUAUCACCGACAAGUUGUUUACGACAAGCAGGUCCUACCUUUCGAGCCGGCAGAAAAUGCCAAACAAGUCCGACGACCCAUCAAGAAGGUGGUAGAAAAGUUUCACAGAGACCAUUCUAAAGCAGCCAGUGAAGACGUGGCUAAAAGAGUCUUCCUGCUGAAGGAGGAUCAAAUCCAGGUGACGUAUCAUCUGGAGGAGGACAGGAGCAUCCCUGCCUGGCGGAACUUCAUCAAACCUCGUGACUGGCAGAACACAUUCACUCCACAGCUGGCCUCCUCCUUUCAGGUAGACCCCCGUGAUGAACCCGACAAGGAGCUGUUUCUAUACGAGGCUCUCAUGGCUCUUAUGGCUGAGGAGAAGAACGUCCUCACCGGGAUCCAAGACUCAGAGGAGGAGGUGAGGGCCAUCCUUGAUGCCAGGCAGCAGGAGGAGAGCGGCAUCACGCUUCAGAUUUCCAUCUAUGACACCGCCAGAAAUGAGAAGGCUCGAAUGUACAUAGAAGAGCUGAAGCGUCUGGCUGAAGAGGAGCUUCUGAACAAGGAAGAGAAGGAGUUGGACAUCCUGGCUCCAUUUUUAGCCAAGCUGGGAAAUCCAGCGAGCCUGACCCGGGAGCAGGUGCAGCAGCUCGUGGCUGACUGUCUGGCUGAAAUGAAGCAGCGCCUCGUAGACCGAGCCAACCUCAUCCAGGCCCGAUUCGAAAAGGAGACACAGGAGCUGCAGCAGAAGCAGCAGUGGUACCAGAAGAACCAGCUCACCAUGACCAAAGAGGACGAGGACGCAUAUCUGGCCUACUGCUCCGACGCCAUGUUUAGAAUUCACGUAGUGAAGCUGCGUCUCAAUCGGCACAAAGACAAAGCUCCACAGAUGUAUCUCGCACUGAGGGACAAACUGAGACGAGACCCGAGGCUGAUCCAGCACCUGUGGUGAUCUAAAUCCCUUGUUUGCAGAUUUUUUAUAACCUUUAAAUAAAGGCAUUUGCAUUGA